AUGCGAAGUCUAUUGGUCAUCAAAGGGAGUCGAUGGGCGUUGAAUCACCUACCCAAUCCCUGGAAUCUAUUCAAACACGCCGUCAUUGGCCUUGUAUCGAGAAACAUCAUCCAAUACUACAUCCACCACCAAAUCCUGCACUCUCCCAAUGGCGGCAUGCUCGCAAAAUGGCACAAGACAUGGCACCACAGCGUCCAAGUGCCCUAUUCGUUCGCCGCCGCAUACGACCACCCAGCAUGUUACCUAAUCCACCGAUUCCUACCCCUGUAUAUCCCAGCUGUGGCCUUCCGCUUCCACAUCAUGACGUACCUGUUAUUGCUCGGCGCCUUCUCGCUUGAGGAAGUCUUCACGUACUCGGGCUACAAUGUGUUGCCGUCGACCAUUAUGCUGAAGGGCAUGGCGAGGCGUGUUGACGCGCACAUGAUGUCAGAAGGGAAAGGGAAUUAUGGACCUUUGGGUGUGAUGGAUUGGGUCAACGGGACUACACUGGGCGCUGACGUCAUGGAGGAUUUGCAGCAGGAGAUGGAGAAGCACAAUGUGCAGGAACGUGCGGGUAAGGCGGUCGAUGAUGCGACUGAGGGUGCGAAUGGACUUGCGGGGAAGUUGAAGGAUAGAACUAGGAAGGGGAAAGGGAGGAAAUGA